AGCUGCUUUGAGAGUAAAACAUAACCUUAUUCGGUUUCUUUGAAGAUGGAGCAACUAAUUACAUCUCGAGGUUUAAUGAUUCGCUUUUCACGACACAUAAUAUCUAUCAAUUGAACAAGAAUUCAUCAUAAAUGAGACUCUACUCACUCAUGAAUCCGAAGGGCGUCAUGUGGAUUGCAAGAUAUUGUUUCAAGCCAUGGAAAAUGUCAUGUUCUACGCUUCUAAUUCAAACAAUGCUGUCGAUAUGCAUACUCUUGCUGGUAUUGAAAACUAUGCUUUGAAAGAAAUUUUGGAGCACUCCAUUUAUAAGAUUUCAUGCGGGAUACUAUGGGAGUGUCAUAACACAGCAGAUUUGCACAGACGAACUCUACUGAUACUAGAGCUGUUAGGGAACUACAGAUGGGAUGCAAAAGUGGUUAUAUUACUCACAGCAUUUGCAAUAAGUUAUGGCGAAUUUCGGCUCAUUCUUGAGGUUUAUGCACACAAUUCAUUAGCAGCAUCACUUGCAGUACUUAAGAACUUGUGUCGGAGGAAAUCUGAAGGUUUGAAACCCCAGUUCAAAGCAAUGGAACUUCUAAUUGAAGAAAUGAUGGAAUUAGCUAAAUGUGUAGUGAGAUUUGAAGGCCUGCCUCUUCAACUUGUACUUCAUGAAGAUCAUGAUCAUACUAUGAUGAAAGCUACAAAGUCUCAGAUUUACUUGGCCACUUAUUGGAUCUUUAGAAGCUCAUUGACAUCUGCAUCUCAGAUCAUAGACUUGAUUGCUAUGGAGCAGGAGCAAGUGAAUUCAAAUAGAACUGCAAAUGCAGCUUGGGGUUUGUCUAGUUUGGCUCUUAAGUUGACCACAAUAUGCAGUGGGCUCAGAAUGCAGGUUGAUGCAUAUCAAGGAUAUAUAGAGCAGAAGUUAUACAAGAAGUUGAUGAAUCUACUUAAGGGCCACAUAGUAACUGACAAUCAAGAAUUGCUUCACUUAUUACUUUCUUUGAAUGAUGAGUUGCCUCUCAAUGAUUCUUCUUCUCAAGCAAAAGUUGGUAUAGCUAAACUGAAAAACAAGAUAGUUAUGCUUAUGGUUUCAAAACCAGAUCUUUUGCCAACAGAUCAAACUCUAUUGCUAAUACAACAGACACAUGAACAUCCUCACCAGAAAAACAUAGAGCAAGGCUACGAGAUAGUGUGGGUCCCAGUCUCGUCUUCAGAAAGAUGGACUCUUGAUGAACACAUAAGUUUUGAUUACUUAACAAACUCAUUACCAUGGUUAUCAAUCAGGCAUCCAUGGUUACUAAACUCAGCAGUAGUGAGAAUGAUUAGACAAGAAUGGAAGUUUGAAGAUCAGCCCAUAAUGGUAGUAUUAGAUUCACAAGGGUCGGUUUCAAGUUAUAAUGCAAUGGAUCAGGUGUUGAUUUGGGGGGCAAAAGCUUUCCCAUUUUCUGAUUCGAGAGAGAAAGAGCUUUGGAAAGAAGAACAUUGGAACCUAAAUCUUAUGCUAGAUGGAGUAGAUCACUUCCUAACAAAGACGGUACAAGGGGGCCAAAACAUCUGCAUAUGUGGAGGCAGUAACGUAGACUGGAUCAAUGAAUUCGAAUUAAGAAUUACAAAACUACAAAAUCUAGGCUUGCAGCUUCAAGUGAUCUAUGUUGGAAAUCGAAACACAAGUGAAAACAUGCAAAAAACACUAGCCAGGGUCAACAAAGACAACUCAUUCACUCCCAUCAAAAUUCAGUUUUUCUGGCUAAGGUUGGAGAAGAUUAAAGAUUCUAUUCUACGGCUAGUCCAAAGUCACACAUCUACUAAAUAUGAAACCAUUUUGACACGAGUCUCAGAAUUUCUAGACAUCAGUGAGCAUAACAAUUGGGCAGUUUUUGGAGGAGGGGGUUCCAAGGAUUUUGUGAAGUUAAAUGGAAGCAUAGUUAUGGAAUUACUUGACAGAUUUCCCGUCUGGGCCCAAAAAGUGGCAAUAUUUGGUUUUGUGGAGGCUAUCAGAAAUGCUUUUGAUGAAGCUAGCACGGUCACUUGUGAUCACACAACCAUGGUUCCAUAUGAUGUAGGAAUGGUUCAACAAAUUGUCAUAUGUGAAAAAUGUAAGCGGUUGAUGAGCCCAUAUGUAGUCUAUCAAUGUGACGGAUCCCAGUAGAAUGUAUCUGAUUGGAAAAAUUGGUUAUGCAAAACGUAACAAAUAAUGUAGUCCUACAACCAAAAGUAUGAAAUAUAAAUUAUAUUUUUCUUUA